AUGCGCGUCUUCUCAACUCUCGUCCUGGCGGCGGUCACAUCCGCGGCGGCCGCCGACGACGUCGGCUCGCUAUUGUCCCAGAUCCCGGCGUGCGCCUUCCCGUGCUUCGCCGAGGCGUCCAAGUCGUCGGGCUGCUCCCUCACCGACUACAAGUGCAUGUGCAACAACAUGCUCCAGGUGCAGAACGCGGCCGCCAACUGCCUGACCACCAGCUGUCAGGUCGACGAUCUGGCGAAGCUGGCAACCAUGAGCUCUCAGCUCUGCCAGGCUAUCGCGGGGACGAGCGGCACCGCCAAGGCCACCGGCGCCGUGGCGACGGGGAGCACCGCCGGCACCGCGUCUGGCGCCGCCGCCACAGGCACCGCUCCCACGCCAGCGGGCGCCGGCCGGUCCGUCGCCGCCGUGGGUGUGGCGGGCCUGGCGGUUGUCGCCGCUGCUGCGCUUGUCGCAUAG